GUAACGUUCGAUUGAGUGAUAUCAGGGCAAGUAAAACUUUGUUGCUGAUAAGUACGUUUCUUCUCAGAUUUGGGAACGAUAUGUAACAGGUCGCUCUGAAUUGUCGCUCCUGCGUUCUACCUGGCACACCUCGUCGCUGAUACCAAUGUUACCAGAUCUCUUCGAAAGGGGGUUCAUCUCAGCCACAAAUGGCAAGGAUCCUCCUGUUCAGCGGCCAAGGACUUGGCUCGUGUCCUGGAAGCCUCGCCCGAACGAUCCCUCAGAAAAUACAAGUGAUGGAUCAUUCUCUGCGCGCUCAUGCUACAUGCUACAUUGCAUGUUGGUCAUGAUACACAUUGUCCUUCUUAUCUUGUAUAUCCGUCACUGGGAACACCGUAUAACUCUCUCAUUCACACCAACGAACAACAAUGUUUUGCCUGUGAUACUGAGUGCUUCACUACAAGCAUUUUACACCAUCUACACGGUUGUUCUACUCUUCCUUACUCAACGACUUGCAAUUUCAAGAACACUCGUACGGCGUCUGAAAUUGACUGCCAUUCACGACAUCUCCGGCGCGUGGGCGGGCCUCGGCUCUGCACUCAGUAGUGUCUGGCGACAAACUGACAUCCCUGCCUCGUGGUGGAUGACUUCUGCUGUGACAGCCUACCUUACUAGCAUAUCCGUGUUGCAUAUCACGUCUUCCACCAUCCUACAAUUUCAAACAUUCAAUGUUUCUAUGUCGACUUCCGUGCCAACAACACUAGGAUGGCUAGAUGACCUAUCAUAUGGAUCUAGCGUGAACUGGGAAUCCGUUACCGCAUCAUUACCAGUUGUCAAUCAACUGUCUGGACUGGUGACUGUAGGGCUAUCCAACACCACAAUCUACGACACCGCCCAAAAAAGCUCGGUAGUAGGGAAUGUAACUGUGAAUGCAACGACCGUAACCUCACGUUGCGGAUUGCUUCCCAAUGUUACAUAUUCCGUAAAUACAAGCACAGCAACUGUCCAGUUGAUUCCUGGUGAUAAAAAUUCUCAGAUCCCGAUGAGUGUAAGCCCCCCCUGGUCAGAUAUGAUACAAAUCCUUCAAGAGUAUGCAGAUCCGGUCUCCGGUGUCUUACUUAUGGUCUCUACACUAUUAGAGAUCGAGCCUUCAGUACAAGAGGAGGUCGCUGUAAACAUGACUUGGGAAUCUUGGUUUAACAAUAUGUCUUACGUUGUUCCGGUGUAUUUUGUGCUGUGCUCGCUAUCAGCCAAUCCUACAGACGGUGUUGUUGACAUACAAAGUAACAGUCUACUUAGUCCCAUGCCCAUCUGGCAGCCAUCCGCGCAGUGGGAAAUGCAUCAAUGGACAGAUCAGGAUUAUGGUCCUUGGCAAGCAGAAAUCGGCAGAGCUCUUUCUAUCCCGGUCGGUAGCGGGAAUAUAUUUACAGAUGCAACUGGACGUCAUCUCGAACCCUCUAUCGCGGAUGAGUAUAUUAUGUCGUUGGUAGGCUUAAAUCUCACUGCUGAAGCAUUACAAUGUGGUGGUGGUGCUCCUCCCCUCCCUAAUUCCGUUAUGAGACCGGAUAAACUGGAGCUAGCUGUUGCGAAAGCAGCUUCACAGCUCAUUUGGAUAGCGGGACGAAUUGACACAUCCAAUGGACUUCAACCUGGCAAUGGGACGGCCAAUGUCAAUGAGGAGUUAAUUGCCCUUCGCCUCAAUAUUAACCUUCUCCCUUUAUCAUUUGCGGCGUCUGCCUCGGUGAUCAUGUUGGUAUUGGCACUACGAAUGACAAGAGCAUUCUGUGCAUCGCGCAAUAGUCAGGCUGCCAUCCCAAACAUAGGCGCACUGCAACUCUUGUGGUUGGGUCAUCAUUCAGCCUCUGUCAGUGAGAUCCUGGAAGAUGUAGAGCAUCCGACGGAGGCCAAUCUGCGCCGAGCAGGCAUGAUAGAAGUUUGUCUUGCGAAGACGAUAUCCGACGAAGAAGAGUCGGGGAGUUCAACUGAAAGUCUCUCUGGCGAAGUUGACCACAGUCCUGACGAUGAGAUGUGAUGUGGGUUUCAGAAUAUCAAUGUUGGUCACGGUAACCUCUUGACGGUUUGAUGUUACAAGGCUAUCAUAGGCUGUCUUUAUAUCUUGAGCGAGACGGAGAUAUAUAUACUUGUUGGUACGACCGUCGACUUC